GCAGAAUAUUGCUUCUAGUAGAUUCAAUUCUCUGGAUCAACCCCGAAACGCUACUGAAUUUUCUAGUCUUUAUCCGAGAUAGUUUUCGAUAAAAAAAAACUAAUAAAUUGUAGUAUCAAUGAACAUUUUACUUUGGCGGACUAUCUUUCAAAAGGAAUUUUAUAUCAGUUAUAUUUAAUUAGAAAAAAAAGUUAAGAAGAUGGUGCAAAAGAUAUCUGAAAAUAUGGUGGAAGUUAGUUUAAGUGACCAGAAGAAAAAGGAUAAAGAAGAACCGGCGGACUUUGAAACAGCUAUAUCAGCAACUGAUUAUGGCAUUUUCAAUUAUGUCCUUCUUGUAAUUUUGAUGCCGUCAUGUCUUUCAUCAGUUUAUCAGACAUCAACAAUGUCCUAUAUUUUUGCAACUGCGGAAUGUGAUCUCAAGUUACAAUUAGUUGAUAAAGGAAUACUCAACGCUAUAACGUAUGCAGGAAUGAUAACUUCAGCUAUUCUGUGGGGUUACUUAGCUGACACGAUGGGACGAAGAAAACUCUUGAUCAUUGGUUACCUAUUAGACGCCCUCUGUGUUCUACUAAGUUCCUUGAGUCCUAAUCGACUCUAUCUAAUGAUCUUCAAAUACCUAGGCGGAUUUGCUGUAUGUGGACCAUUUGCCGUUUUGAUGUCCUACGUCAACGAAUUCCAUGGUACCAAGCAUCGAUCAAGGGUGAUGAUGUGCAUCGGGUGCUUCUUCAGUAUAGCAACUUUGUCAUUACCAAUCAUCGCUUAUGUUAUCUUACCCAAUAACUGGAAUGUUACUAUAUUUGGUCUCAUUGUGAUACGCUCCUGGAAGGUAUUUUUAGCCGUUUGCUCACUGCCAAGCUUGAUAGCAGGAAUAUGCUACAUAUUUCUUCCGGAAAGCCCAAAAUUCUUGAUGACCACUGGAAGGAAUAACGAUGCAUUGAAAGUCUUCCAGAUGAUUUACCAUUUGAACACAAGGAACCCCCGAGAACAAUAUCCGAUUAAGGAGCUCGUGAAGGAGAUACCCCAGAAAGGAUCGAAUGUUGAGAAUAAUUUAUCAGAUGAAAACCGGCCAAGCAGUAAACAAGGCAAGGGAUUGGUUGCUUCGUUGCAGUCUGGCUUGUUGCAGCUUAAACCUAUGUUUAGUAAACCAUAUCUCGGACAAUCGCUCCUGGUUUACACUAUUCAGUUUUUCACUUUAAUGGGAUUGAACACCUUUCGGUUGUGGGUUCCUCAGUUGUUCGCUAUAAUCACUAAUUAUGAAAAUACUGUUUUAAGCAAAGGAGGCGAAGCGGCCACCUUAUGUACGAUGAUAAGUUACAACCUAAAUGUAACUUCCCACAACGUACAAGCGGUGGAAAGUAAUGAAUGCAUAGCGGAUGUUGAUAGCAAAACGUAUCUUAAUUCGGCUGUGGUGGGGGUAACUCAACUCCUCAGCUACUUCUUGGCUGGCACUGUAAUUAACGCACUUGGCAACAAAACAAUAUUGGUCAUGGUGGUAACUUUAGCAGGAACAAUGGGAAUAUCCUUAUAUUGGGCAACGAACUCAUUAACAACAAUGAUUAUGUCCGCGAUUUAUGUUGCCGUAGGCAGUAUCGGUUCAACUGCUAUCGUCGGCGUCGUGGCCACUCUAUUUCCUACAACUUUACGUACGAUGAUUGUCUCGUUAGUAAUGAUGUUUGGUAGAACAGGCGCCUUAAUAGGAAACACAUUGUUCCCGAUUUUCCUGGAAUGGGGAUGUCUACCGCCAUUUAUUAUGAUUGGAGGUGCAAUGUUCCUGUCAGCAAUCCUGGGCUUAUUGCUUCCAGCGAAUAUAAAUAAAAAACCGUUAGUGUAGAAACAUAAGGAGAGGCUACUAUAGCUAUGUAGGUGAUAAUAUUUAUAUUAGAAAAAAUAAGCAAAUAUACAAAUGAAUU